AUGAUGUUCCUCACUCUAUACCUGGCAUUCGCUAGUGUCUUUUCCUGCACAGUCGCCGCCCUACCCAGCCUUCAAACCCGAGCAAUCCUCGCCUACAGAAGCUGGGACCUCCGCUUCCUAAGCGUAGCACCCCCAACCUGCGACCCCAGCCAAUCUAACUUGGGUUAUUCGAUUUUUCACCGCUACGGCGCGAGCCCCCGCUCAUGUGAGGCGCUAGAUACGAAUUCGUUCAACGCGACCAAUCUCAAGAGCAUCUCAUGGAAAAGCCCUGAGCCUUCCGAUCAGCAGGAUAUUUGUAUGUUUAGCACUGCUGAUUGCUCCGGCGGCAGUAAUGCUUUCCUUGGGACUAUUACCUCUGGUUGGGAUGUGUGCUAUCUGUACAAUGGUUUCUUGGGAUGGAGCGUUGUUGAACAUGGGGAUGCUUGUGUUUGA